CUCCUGAUUUUGAGUGUGAGGCACCACUUCAGCACUUACCAGGAUUGAAGCCGAUCCCGGGGAAGUGCCGGCUGUUUAUACUCUGACAGAGCGGUGGAUAAGUUAACGUUUGCCGAAGAUUUUUCCUGAGGACGAAGAUAAAAUGCCUUUCUGUGGGAUCACUUUCCGAGCAGCGUGAGAGCUACUUUGAUGUCUCGCCGCUUUGCUAACAAGCUAACUCAAUGUUUAUAGAAACUAGCCAGGUAGUUAGCCUUUAGCCGCAUAGAUCAACUUCAGUAAUUUGGUUGUUAAUAUGUACCAAACCGGGGCACAGACACUUUAUUAUAAAAUACAGCUUUGAUUUUAUUACAUCGUGUGUAAGAAUGGCUAAUCCCACACACCGGUAUCCGCUCCGGGGCUAGUUUUCUACGGGGACAAUAGUUAACUCUCCGAGCAGUCUGUUGCUUUUUCAAGUUUGCACUAGUUUCAUUGUAUGUUAGAGGAUAGUUAGAAGGGUCAAGCGAGUCAAAUGUUAAGGGCAGCGUAACUGAGAAGCAGGGAAAGAGUUGGACACCCAGAUUUGAGCGAGCUAUGUUGUAACUCCCAGGAGUGGCUUUUCAAGUUCAAUCCAUACAACUAUUGACGAGGAGACGAGGUGGAUGAACAUUAAAAGUCGCCCACAUGCACUGGCUCAGUUCCCGGACUUGUGAAAGGUUUUUGAAGCAGAAGGUGGGAGACGCGAGCUCACAGCCCUUGCAGCCCGGGGGAAGAUGGCGGAGAGAUCCCACAUUAGGAGCUGAGACCAAAACUUGCAGACUCCACGGAUUUAUCACGACACAUCUGCUCUCAGAUUGUUGGACACAUGCAGGCCAAAAAACGCUACCUUUUCCUGCUCUCUACUGGUACGUGUCUCAUCCUGCUCUUUUGUUUGGGGGGCUUGCAAGUUCCUGUGUUGUCCAGGCGGAGUCACAGCAGGCGUGAUGACCGCAGCCUCUCGGGGUCUCACCCGGGGCAGCGGUGGCGUCGGUUCUUGGGGCCUCUCCAGACCUUUAGCUCCUGGCAACCAGAGCGCAGCGAUGACUACAAUGGGCAUAUAUCACCGAGGCAAAAAAGAGAAGGAAAUCUGGGCGUUUACACGGACAAACGCUGUAGAAUGGACUCCUGCUUUAAUUUCUCCCUGUGCAAGAAGAAUGGUUUUAAAGUAUACGUUUACCCCGUGCAGAAAGGAGAGAAGAUGUCGGAGAGUUAUCAGAACAUUUUGUCAUCCAUUGAAGGGUCCAGGUUCUAUACCUCGGAUCCAUCACAGGCCUGUCUGUUUGUCCUGAGUUUGGACACUCUGGACAGGGACCAGCUCUCACCACAGUAUGUCCACAACCUGCGGGCAAAAGUUCAAAGCCUUCCUCUGUGGAAUGAAGGCAGGAACCACAUUAUUUUUAACUUGUACUCAGGCACAUGGCCAGACUACACGGAGGACCUAGGUUUUGACAUAGGCUAUGCCAUGUUGGCCAAAGCCAGCAUCAGCACCGAAAACUUUAGACCUAACUUUGACGUUUCUAUCCCCCUUUUCUCCAAAGACCACCCAAGGACAGGUGGAGAAAGGGGCUACCUUAAACACAACACUAUUCCCCCUUUUAGGAAGUACAUGCUCGUUUUUAAGGGCAAGAGAUAUUUGACUGGAAUAGGCUCAGACACUAGGAAUGCUUUAUAUCAUGUCCAUAACUCUGAGGAUGUGGUGCUGCUCACUACGUGUAAACAUGGCAAAGACUGGCAGAAGCACAAGGAUGCCCGCUGUGACAAAGACAAUGCAGAGUAUGACAAGUAUGACUACAGAGAGAUGCUGUACAACUCCACUUUUUGUCUGGUUCCAAGAGGACGGCGACUUGGCUCCUUUCGAUUUUUGGAGGCUUUGCAGGCAGCAUGUGUGCCAGUUAUGCUAAGCAAUGGCUGGGAACUGCCCUUCUCAGAGAUCAUUGACUGGAACACAGCAGCUGUGUGGGGAGAUGAGAGGCUGUUACUACAGAUCCCUUCCACUGUGCGCUCCAUCCACCAGGAUAAGAUCCUCUCCUUGAGGCAGCAGACCCAGUUCCUUUGGGAGGCGUACUUCAACUCUGUGGAAAAGAUUGUGCUGACCACAUUGGAGAUAAUCCAGGAUCGAGUGCUGCGCCACACUUCGAGGAGUUACCUGAUGUGGAACAGUCUGCCUGGAGGCCUCUUCACCCUGCCGCAGUACUCCACGGCCCUGAGAGACUUCCCUUUCUACUACGCUAAGCUGGGUAUCAAGCCAUAUCCCAAGUUCACGGCAAUCAUCCAUGUCGUGACACCUCUUGUCUCACAGUCUCAGCCAGUCAUGAAACUGCUCAUGGCUGUGGCCAAAUCCCAAUACUGCGCUCAGGUGAUUGUUCUGUGGAACUGUGACAAGCCUCUUCCUGCAAAGCAGCGCUGGCCUGCCACUGCUGUGCCUGUCCUUGUUAUUGAAGGAGAGAGCAAGGUCAUAAGCAGCCGUUUCCUUCCCUAUGAUACCAUACCCACUGAUGCAGUACUGAGUCUGGAUGAAGAUACUGUCCUCUCCACUACUGAGGUGGACUUUGCCUUCACUGUAUGGCAGAGUUUCCCAGACCGCAUUGUUGGCUACCCUGCACGCAGCCACUUCUGGGAUAGCAACAAAGAACGCUGGGGCUACACUUCAAAAUGGACCAAUGACUACUCUAUGGUGCUGACUGGAGCUGCCAUCUAUCAUAAGUACUAUCACUACUUGUACACCUCAUACCUACCUGCUACUUUGAAGACUAUGGUUGAUCAGAUGUCAAACUGUGAGGAUAUUCUGAUGAAUUUUCUGGUGUCAUCAGUCACAAAGCUUCCACCCAUUAAAGUCACCCAAAAGAAACAAUAUAAAGAGACAAUGAUGGGACAGGUCUUCCGUGCAUCUCGGUGGGCAGAUCCGGACCACUUCGCCCAGCGUCAGACCUGCAUGAACAAGUUUGCCAGCUGGUUUGGCACAAUGCCGUUGGUCCACUCUCAGAUGAGGCUAGACCCAGUCCUAUUUAAAGAUCAAGUGUCUAUACUGAGGAAGAAAUACAGAGACAUCGAGAGGCUAUAACCCACCAGAGCCCCCCUGCCCUAUGGACUUUUUCAGGGCAGAGGGGCGGACUCCUAAAACGCACAAACUUCUUGUCACAAUUGCUCAGAUUUAUAUAAAUAAUGAGAGACAAUGGACUAUAAAAUGAAUGGCUGAAUCUACACUGCUCUUCCAGCGCACCAUGUAUUUUGGGAAUAAUUGAGAAACAUGAAUUACUUCAUUGAGACUGAUCAGCCUUUAAACUGAACAAAACAGAGCUGGAGCUGAGAUUCUGCAAACACAAACCUCUCAACCAUGACACAAUGAAAGACUGUACACUAUGCACAGGUACCUGAAAGUCUGAUAAAAUAUUAUUACUGAUGAACAAUGAAGAGGAUAACACUAUUUUGGAUGUGAAUAACUAUUUUUGUAAACCAAAAUGGCCAGCACAACCUUUUGUCUGUUUGUAAAUAGUGUAAGGAGUUGUAGGGGGAAAUGACAACCCUUCUCCCACAAAACUGAGAAAUUGUGUUAAGUUGAUUUUUGCAGUGCCUCUUUCUUCUUGUGUUGGAAGGUGAAGUCUUGCUGCGUUGAAUUUAUUUGUUAUUUUUAUAUAAUUGAUCAAAUUUGGAUCCCAGGAUUCUUCAGGUCCGUAUUCACAUAAUCAAAGUAUAGGGAUAAUAUUUAUCAAAGCAUUCUCAGUAAACAACGACCAGAUUAAAGGUCAGUGGGUGGGAUUAAACAUUUUAUUAAACUAAGUAAAGUCCAUGCAGAAUAAUUUGGAACCACUGCUGUCCUGAAGAGUAAGUGCAUAGCCUUUUUUUAAGGGAGCCUUGCCAGGUCUUGUGUAAACAUACCUUUCCAGAUUGUGUAGGACAAGAUCCUGGACAGAAAUUGAAAUGAAAAAUCAUUAUUUUCAUGUCACGCACCGUUUUUUUGUCCCUUUUCCCCCAAUGACAGGUUUGGCAGUGGCUAAAGCUGACAAGUGCUUGACAGGGUCUAACACAGUUCUCAUUAGGAAACAUUGGACAAUGCCCCAAGUCUGGCAUUACAACAACUGCAUCAUACAAAAGCAGAAAGCUAUAUUUUAGGAUUCAAUGUGAACUUGUUUGACUAGGCUUGUGUACUAUUCCAGUGAGUUUCUGAUGAGAUAGAGACACCUCAGGGAAAUGAGGUCAAAUUAGAUGUUUGAGAAUUUCACAGGUUUUCCUAAAAUUGAUUAAAUUGAAGUUAGCCUGUCAUGCCCUGUCAAAAAUCAUACACUCACAAAAUGGAUAGGAUUUGCAAUGUUUAGCAAGAUGUCAUUUAGUUAGUCUCCACUCUUGGUCAUCAUCUUGUAUUUUAAAGUCAAACUGACAUUCAAAUCUGCUUUUGUUUUCACACACUCUUCAUUUUCACACACACCAUAUCAAUAAGUGGAGAUUAACACUAACUGAGAAUGUUUGUAUUGAUCACAUUAAUGUAACACUAACUACACUGCCCAGAGAGCCUUUUAACUGAGUUUCACUACUGUGAGAAAUGUUUUUUAGUUUUUUUUGUUUUCUUUAAAUAGGCGAAAUUGCACCCUUUACCCAGUGUGCCAAUACAGCCAUUUGUACAGGCUAACAUUGGACAGUCUCAACAUUUCCAUAUUUAUUUUGGUUCAUGUUCCAUUUCUUUUGUAUGAGAAAGUAGAAUGUAUGAAAAAGACUAUGUGAUGGAUUGUGGGAAAUCAAAGCAAUUGAGCACAAAUAAACAGCCUCUAUGUGUAGUCCUGGAAGCAGUGAAAAUGGUCAUAGAUUCACAGUGGCAAAAUUAACUUGGUGCAAUAUUAAUAUUACAUUUCUCUAUCUUGUAUUGUUUCAGAGCAGGGGGUUACGUAUUGAUGUGCCUUCAUAAGAAAAUCUUGUGUGUUUUCGCUUGUUUCAUAUGGAUAUUUUUGAUUUUCAUUUCAUAGUUUUUUUUUGUAACUUAUAACUUUUUAUUACUGUUAAACACUGGAGACAAGUCUUAUCACCCCAACUGUAACUGACAUUCCUGACUUUCAUAGUGGUAGAUGCUCCUACUGCCUUGGUGUACUGAAUUUGGAACAUCUAAGGAUCUCCACUUCCUGGUUGUGUCACAUUAAACAUGGAUAAUAUUUACACACAGGAUUUAUCAGACAACACCUUCACUGUACUACAGUUUUAUAGCAGUGGAAAGUUAGAAUAAAACUUUUACAAAACAUUGAUUUUUCUAAGA